UCCAAAUUUUGACAGUGUUGAUUUACAGUUUUAUAUGAGACAAAUUUUACAACUUCUUAUAUUAUUUAUACUAUGUUCCUCCUCCAUAAAUACCGUCACGCGUGAUACAAAUCUAGAAAAUGUAUUUGAAGAUAAUGUAAAUACAGAUGACAUGGAAUCCAACUUUACCAUGAAAACUUCAAAAGUUGUAAUCAAUCCUUAUAAAGAAAAAAUGAAAAAUUUUGUCUACUAAAAAGGGGUAGAAAAAUUUUGUCCCAUCAAAACCAUUUUCGUCAGUAUAUUUAAAGUGUGCAACUUGUUUGACAAUCGCAAGUGAGAUAGACAAAACUUUACGAAACGUUAGACCAAUGUCCUCGUUUGAUAAAAGACCCCCAGAAAUUGUUCAUUCAGAAAUAGUUACGAAAUUGAAUUCGCUGUGUACAGAAGGAUUUAACAGAUUUGAUUUAAGAAGGUAUAACGAUUAUAUUGUAAUAUCAAAUAAACUGGCUUGUAGUGAUCAUGUUCGAUCUGAGAUGGAUAACACUUGGACAAAUAAAUUACGCGAAAUAUGUAACUUGUAUAUAUCCUACAUGAAUGUCGAAAAUAUUAUUGCUAAUUUACCUACCAGUUUUAUGGACAUUUCGACAACCCUUUGCAGUACUGGAGGUGUAUUUCGAGAUUGCAUAAAUAUUGAUGAUAAUAACUACAAGAAAGUAUUAACCGAGAUUAAUAAUUGUGAAAACUGCAGUUGUAGAGGAAAUCUUGUACGUUGGUAAUUUAAGUCAAUAAAAAUAUAUUUUUUAUACAUAUUA